GAUAUCCAUUGGGCAACCAUGAUGAGAAAAGUAGCAAAUUCAAGACAAUCUUGGCAGUCAUUUAGGAUGAUAAUCAUUCCAUUUUACAACCAACACUAUCUUUAUCUGAUAUCUUGAUGGAAAUGAGCACAUGGGUUCUAAGGAUUUGGGUCACAAAUGGCCUAUUUUGAUGGUAAAAAUGUUCCUAAACACUGUUCUUUGAUUGAGUUAUUCAUGGAAGUGAGCAAAUGGGUAUCAUAAUUUAGCAUGAUCAAAGCCAAAAGAUCUAGUUUUGAUGGUCAAAAAGAAUAGCAGAGAGUAAAAAAAGUAACCCCUCCACCUCUCUUCUUGGUGUGGAAAUAAUCAUUGAAAAUGACCCACCACUUCAAAUUCUUGCAAAAAGAACCAACCUGGGACCUUUGUUCUUCCUCAAAACAUUUACACCAUCCAUCAAAAUUUUACAGGUUUUUCCUUUUUGAAGCUGAAAUUUUUACAGCUGCCCAUUACAGAUAGUGACCCAACAUUAAUGUACUGAUGAACUGCAGAGACAUUGAAUGGAAAUGGAGUGGGUUUGGGCAGUUUGUGUAGGUAUGUGCCUUAAAGAAAGCGCAAUCAUUUUCAGACAUAGCUGUGGUUGAAAUUUAAGGGGUAAAUGACCUUAAAGAAGGUAAGUUUUUUUUUACUGAUAUCUUAGGAAAAAGGUAAGAAGAUUUCUUCCCAUUUAAGGUUUGAAUGUUGUCCCUGCCAUUCCUUACCCAAAUCUUAACUGUCUGCAGCUCAGUACAGUCUCCAAGCUUGAAUCCUUCUCCCUCUCCCUCUCCCUCUCCCUCUCCCUCUCUCAUCUCUUUCUCUCUCCUCUUUGGUAAGAAAUGAAAUUUACUGCUCUUUUUGAUGUUUUGACUGCUUGAUAUGAAAAGUUGGUUCUCAACUUAAAAUGGGUCUGUUUUAAAACCCUUAUGCCUGGAAUUUUUUAGUAAGCCAAACCCUUUGGGAGAGAGAGAGAGAGAUUUGAUGUUGGGAAUGGUGAGGCAAAGGAGAAGAAAACAAAACCAAAGUUUGUGUUUUUGUUGGAAUGGUUAUCUCUUUUGUAUGGACUUGAGCUGAGAUUAGAGAGAAAUGAAGUAAGCUGUGAGACACACAACCAGACAACCUCAAUACUUACAAAUCACAAAUCAUUGCAGUAAAACAAACGACUUCUUCGAAACAUUCCAACCCAAUGGCUUCUUCUUGUUCUUGUUCUUCUUCUUCUUCUUCUUCUUCUUCCUGUUCUUGUUUUGUUGUUGUCCUUCUGGUUUUUACUUCUUUGGCUUCUGCUUUCUCCACUUCCAUAGCCCAUCAAAUGCCACUAAAAAACCAAACUUUAUUCCACCCCACCAAAGAGCUGAAGAAGCUGAAGAACAUCAGAGCUUAUUUACGCAAAAUCAACAAACCUCCAAUCAAGACAAUUCAGAGCUCAGAUGGUGAUGUCAUAGACUGUGUUCUUUCUCAUCUCCAGCCUGCCUUUGACCAUCCUGAGCUCAAAGGACACUCCCCAUUGGAACCGCCUGAGAGGCCGAGAAGCAACAAAUCCAUGGAGGAAGUGGCGGAUAACCACCAGUUAUGGUCAGCUUCCGGCGAGUUUUGUCCGGAAGGGACAAUUCCGAUCAGAAGAACAACAGAAAAAGACAUUUUCAGAGCAAAUUCUAUUCGAAGAUUUGGAAGAAAACCCAUUAGACAUGUGAGAAGAGAUUCUUCUGGCAAUGGCCAUGAGCAUGCAGUGGUGUUCGUUAAUGGAGAACAAUAUUAUGGAGCAAAGGCAAGCUUGAACAUAUGGGCACCUCGUGUAACAGAUCAAUACGAAUUCAGCUUAUCACAGAUAUGGGUCAUUUCAGGCUCAUUUGGCAAUGAUUUGAACACCAUAGAAGCUGGAUGGCAGGUUAGUCCUGAACUCUACGGCGACAACAAUCCUAGAUUCUUUACAUACUGGACAACUGAUGCUUAUCAAGCCACUGGUUGUUACAAUCUGCUUUGUUCAGGAUUUGUUCAAACCAAUAACAGGAUAGCCAUUGGAGCAGCAAUUUCGCCUGUUUCCUCUUACAGAGGGAAACAGUUUGAUAUUGGUUUAAUGGUCUGGAAGGAUCCAAAGCACGGACACUGGUGGCUCGAGUACGGGUCGGGUACGCUCGUCGGGUACUGGCCAGCAUUUCUAUUCAGCCAUUUAAGGAGCCAUGCAAGCAUGGUACAAUUUGGAGGUGAAGUAGUGAACAGAAGAGCUUCAGGGUUCCACACAGCCACACAAAUGGGGAGUGGCCAUUUUGCUGAAGAAGGCUUUGGCAAAGCCUCUUAUUUCAGGAACUUACAAGUGGUUGAUUGGGACAACAACUUGCUUCCUCUCACAAAUCUUCAUGUCUUGGCCGACCAUUCUGACUGCUAUGAUAUCAGACAAGGCAGCAAUAACGUUUGGGGCACUUACUUUUACUAUGGAGGUCCUGGCAGGACCGUUAGAUGCCCUUAAAAGUAUCAUAGUUCUUCUUAUCAUUAAUAAAUAUCCUCGAAAAAAGAACGUUAUAGGAUAGAACCUAGUGUCUUGGGCAGCGAUUUGGGUCGAGAGUAGUUGGUAAGGGAUAAUGAGUUAUUGUGGUACAGACACGGUGAGCAGUGUGGAUCAGACCUACCUAUCCGGGUAGGACCUCGUAAAGGAACGAAAGCGGUUGAGAAGUUCCAUAUUGUCUAGUCGAAGAGUGCGAAGGGUACUGUUUAGAGCUAUCAGGCUGAAGGUAACGUCUCGACAUGAUAACGACCAUACUGUUUGUCAUGGUCUCGAGCAAGUAGCGGGUUUUGUUACUCGCGAGAAUUUGUUUAUAUUUUUUUCGGUUUGGUUCGGUUUUUUUUUAUCUUUGUGUUUUGUCCUCAGCCUUGAGGUAGGUAGGGUUUGGGUUUGGGUUUGUUUUUUUUAAUUUUAUUUUCUAAUAUUAAUUAUAGAGAAUGGAAUUUUUGUAAUUAUGGGAGAAUACAAAGAAUUAGACAGGUUUGUGCUCU